AUGGAUAACAAGGAAAGCAUAAAAUUGUAUGUGAAGAAAGUUAUUGAACACAGAGAAAUUGAGAGUAAAGUAAAGAAGUUAAGAUUAGAUAUAAAAGAGUUAAAUAAAAAAUAUGAGAAAACGGAAGAUAAUUUAAAGGCCUUACAAAGUGUAGGUCAAAUAAUAGGACAAGUAUUAAAACAGCUAGAAGAUGAAAAAUUUAUUGUGAAAGCUUCUAGUGGUCCUAGAUAUGUAGUAGGAUGUAAAUCUAAAAUUAAUAAAAGUAAAUUAGUAAUAGGUACAAGAGUAUCAUUAGAUAUGACAACAUUAACCGUUAUGAAAAGAUUACCGUGUGAAGUGGAUCCUUUAGUUUUUAAUAUGAUAAGUGAUAUAGAUAAAAGUGAAAAUAGUACAAACAAAGUUAAUUAUAAUCAAAUAGGUGGGUUGAGUGAACAAAUAAGACAAAUGAGAGAAGUAGUAGAGUUACCUAUACUUAAUCCUUAUUUAUAUAAAAGAGUUGGAAUAAAAACACCUAAAGGUGUUUUAUUAUAUGGUCCUCCAGGUACAGGAAAAACAUUAUUAGCAAGAGCAAUGGCAUCUAACAUUAAUUGUAAUUUUAUGAGAAUUGUUGUAUCAGCUAUUGUAGAUAAAUAUAUAGGAGAAAGUGCACGUAUUAUUAGAGAGAUGUUUAAUUAUGCAAAGGAACAUCAACCAUGUAUUAUUUUUAUGGAUGAAAUUGAUGCUAUAGGAGGUAGAAGAUUUUCUCAAGGUACUUCAGCUGAUAGAGAAAUACAGAGAACGCUUAUGGAAUUAUUAAAUCACCUAGAUGGAUUUGAAGAAUUAGGUAAUGUCAAAAUUAUUAUGGCUACUAAUCGACCAGAUGUAUUAGAUCCUGCUUUAGUUAGACCAGGAAGAUUAGAUAGAAAAAUUGAAAUACCAUUACCAAAUGAAACAGCCAGAAUAGAAAUACUUAAAAUACAUGCAAAUAAAAUGACUAAACUAGGAGAUAUAGAUUACGAAUCUGUAUGUAGAUUGUGUGAUGGAUUUAAUGGUGCUGAUUUAAGAAAUGUUUGUACGGAAGCUGGUAUGUUUGCAAUUAGAGCUAUGAGGGAUUAUGUUAUAGAGGAAGAUUUUUAUAAAGCUGCCAGAAAAAUAAGUGAAGGAAAAAAAUUAGAGGGUAAAAUUGAAUAUGAAAAGAUAUAA